AUGGAAUCAAGCGAUAGAACAACUUUUCAAAAACAACGUGAUAACCUAAUAAAUGACAUUGUCGCGGUAAUGGAACAAGUGAUCAACAAUAUGGCCAUACUUAACAAGAACCUUGAGAGUAUAGUUGCAGUUGGGAAAGAUUUUGAAAACGUCGCUACACCUUGGAAAAAUUUUCAUGACGCUAUAAUUGCUGGCGCUUUGGACGCUGAUCUAAAAGAUGAUAUUCCUACCGCAGUUGAAGCUGAAACUUUUCCUUAUGAUGAAAAUGAAGCUUUAAAUACUGAUGUUAGUUUUGAAGAUAAUCUAAUAUCAGAAGAGGGAAAUGCAGCAACGGAUGGGGAUCAUCGGUUCGUUCCACAUCAUAU